AUGACGACAGGCCUUUCUGGGAUCUCUUUCACCAUCCUAAAUAAUCAAGGUUUUAAAAGUUGGGAUCAGUAUUGUUGGAUCAGACAGGAUCAGAUGAAUUUACAUGUGAGUGACUUCGGAAUAUCAAGGAUUCUUUCAAAAGCAACAGGCCAAUCUCAAAAUCAAACUAGCACAAUCGGAUUAAAGGGUUCUAUUGGAUGCAUUCCACCAGAGUAUGGUGCAGGUGCUGAUGUUUCAACGCAUGGUGAUAUAUACAGUUAUGGAAUUCUCUUGUUAGAGAUGCUCAAAAGGAAGCGACCUACUGAUGAAAUGUUUAAGGAUAACUUAUAUCUUCACAGUUGGGCUGAGAAGGCUUUGCAAGAUGGAGUGAUGGCUGUUAUUGACCCAUUCUUUCUCCCCAUGGAAGAAGAUUAAAAAGAAUAAAAAACAACUAUAGCCAACAUCAAAGGAAAUCAAAGAUGCAUGAAUGAUAGAGUACGAGAAUGCCUUAAUUUAAUUAUUAGAAUUGGAGUUACUUGUUCAGCCGAAUCACCACGGGAUCGAAUGAACAAAAAUGAUGUGGUCAAAGAGCUACAUUUCAUUAGGAAAAUUUAUCUUGGAGCUGGCACUCAAAUGAGAAAUGAGAACCAUGGUGAUGGCUAUGAAACUGGGUAAGUCAUAAUUUCCUAAGAAAAUCAAGUUUGUUGUACUUGUGAAUGAUGAUGACACUUUUUGCUUGUGUAUGAGCUA